AAGCUGCGAGUGAGGACUAGGUCGUCGAGUCUGAUAGGUCAAAUGUGCAUAAGAUCCGGGAUCGAUGCAUAGCGGGGCUGAAUCAUUGCAGCCACUGGCAGAACAGAGGACCAGGGCGAAGCUGCACGUCGAGUCGAGUCCCGACGAGAUCCUGUUGUAGCUCUGUGCUUCCGUCGCUCGACAUUGGCUGCCUGCCUGCCGCUGCUGCCGCUGGCCAGCGAGCGAGGUGGACGAGGACUUCUCAUAGCGCGGUUCUGCUUCGCAAACGAUGCCUCGGGAGGUUGGACUGGAGGCAUGCCGUUUCAUCGAGCUGGAUUUCGACGCUCUGAUGCAACGAACGUGAAAUCGGAGCUGAAUUUGCUGGUUUGAGCUCUCGUCGGUCGAGCUGCAGACUUCAGAUAUCACCGGCGAGUGGUCACUGGGUCCGUAGGGUGGUGACAGAAUCGGACUCGGACUGGCGAGUGCUGCAAUCGAAGAGAGGACAUAGUUGCUGACGAGCUCGGCUGCUGAGGAAUGUACACCGCACACCUGGUCCGGUUCGAGUUCCCCUCGGAGUCGGCUUCUCGAGAGAUCCGAGCCUGAAAUCUCUUCGUCACCAGCGGACGAGCAAUGUGCACGGCCGUCGCCAGGACGCGGACAUGCGCAGCUCGGAUUUCAGAAGCGCUGCCACCACACGGUCGUGGUUGACGAGGGAUUGAUCGCCAAUUUGAGAACCAGCUCUGAGAAAAUUCGGAUUACUGACAGCGGAGGGCGAAUCGGAGCAAAAUCGAAGGCCAUUCCUUCGAGAGAAUGACACGGUCGCGCCGUUCAGUCGAACGGCGACAGCCCGGAUUUCAAGUCUGGCCCGUCGUCGCGGUGGGGAUUCUUUUGUGGGCGUGCGUAGCGGAGCCGGUCGUGGCUCAGGACAUAACCGGGUACGUGAGCAUCGACUGCGGGGGCACCGGGGGCGUGGACCCCGUGACGCUGAUGGAGUGGGUGAGCGACGACGGCUUUCUGGACUCGGAGAGGCAGCUCGUGAACGAGAGGGUCGCGGUGCGGGCGCGAGUUCGGCUCAACAGCGCGAGGCCGGAGGCGCAGGACAACGCCGAGCAGCUGAAGACGGCCAUGGUGUUCGUGCCGGGCGCGAGGGCCAAGUCCAAGUACUGCUACAAUCUGACCGUGGCGCACGACGCGACCACCUCGACGGACUACCUGGUGCGCGCCAUGUUCCCCAGCCGGGCCCUGACGGCCGAGGGCAAUGUGCCGCUGGACGCCUACGGCUCGCGCUUCUACUUCACCGUCGACUCGACCUUCGUGUCCACCAUCGACCUGGACCCCUCGGAGGCGACGACCGUGGAGAUGGUGGUGAGCUCGCUCGACACGAACCUGUUGGUGUGCCUGGUGCCUCUGGAGGAUCGCUCGUCCAUGGCGGCCAUCUCGUCGCUCGAGCUGCGUCCCCUCAAUGGCACCCUGUACAGCAAUCGCGGCAGCGCCAAGUCCAACACCGGCACCACCACCAAGAUGCAGUCGAGCUACCUCGUCACCGUCGCCCGCUUCAAUUUCGGCGGCAAUGAGUCCUCGCCCUCCGUCAGGUACCCAUCCGAUCCGUACGAUCGGCUGUGGCAGGCGGGGCGACUGUCCAAGCAGGCGUUGGGCGAAGUGGGAGCGAGGAGGAGGAUGGGCAAGGUGCAGAUGCGCCUGGAGGUGAGCGACGACAACGACACGCCGGGCGAGGUGCUGGAGACGGCGUGGGAGGGCGAAAGCAUGGCGUCCAAAAUCACCUUCGAGUUCGACAUCAGGGGCGCGCAGGCCGUGCGCCCCUUGCCCACCUUCUUCCUUACCAUGAUGUUCUUGGACGUGGGGCCUGAGCUCGACGCCGGGGCCCCGCCCAAGCCUCGGCUGGUGUACGUGGACCUGGUCGACUACAGUCCCGAAAGCGCGUCCUCAGUGCGCUGGAUCUCGGGCACCACCGUCCAGCACAACUUGACCACGCGAUGGUACAACUACAAGCAGCUUUUCUUCCACAACGAGGCCAGGUUCACCGUCUCCGCCGAUGUCAACAGCAGCCUCCCGGCCAUGAUCAACUCCGCCGAGCUCCUCGGGGAAUUCGACGCCGUGAAUCAGAGGACUGCACCCGUCGAUGCUUCGGCGAUCACAGAUUUCUCCGAACGCUUCGAAAACCUCGUCGAUACGGCCGGCGAUCCGUGCUUGCCUGUCCCGUGGGACUGGCUCAUGUGUAGCAUCGAGAUUCCUCCCCGGAUCACACAGAUAAACAUAACGGGUGACGUGGUGGCUGGAGAACUGAACGCCAGAGUAGGAAACCUGAGUCGCCUCACGGUCUUGGAUCUCUCAAAUAACCAAUUCAAUGGCAGCCUGCCAGAAUCCCUGGCGCAGCUUGUGACUCUAAAUGCACUGGAUGUCGCAAACAACUCCCUGUCCGGUGAACUGCCAGCAUUCGAACCGAAAUCGCUGAAAAACCUGCAAUCCGUAACACUCCGCUCCAAUGCAUUCAGCGGCAGCUUGUCGGAUCUUGUAAACGCACUCGAUACUCCAGUCUCUGAUAUGGACCUCAGCUUUAAUAAUUUCAGCGGUGCCAUACCCAUGGAGAUAACGAACCUGAAGAAUCUGAAAAGCUUGGACUUGUCUAACAAUCAACUCUCUGGAACGCUGGAUAGUGGGAUUUUUAAUCUCUCGAAGCUAACCACCUUGAAUUUGAAGAAUAAUUCGCUAGAAGGUAUGGUGCAUGACGACCUGUGGAAAGAGUCGAGACCUGUGGAAGUGGCUCUCGACGACAACAAGUUCACCGAGAUAAACCUGACAACAUGGGGCCAAGCGCAGAGGUUCUAUGAAUUUAAACAACGGGUGUCGUUGGUCCGAAACACAAUCAGGAACGUCAUAUUGCCUUCACAUGUUAAUUUGAAGAACUCAGAUCGACGAUCGUGGGAAAUGUUGCCAAACCAAGGACACAUUCUACUUGGAGGAACUCCUUGGUGCAAACAAAUUGGAAGGAAUGCCUCAUUGGUCCAAAGAUAUCUCUGUCGAGAAGAUGAACGAGUAGACUUCUGGAUGCCUUACACUGCAGAUAAGAAUGGUGUGAGCACAAGAACGCUUGUAAUUAUCGGAGUGGCCUGUGGACUUCUGGUCCUCUUGAUGGGUUUCAUAGUUUUCGUAUUUAUGUGGAGAGUGUGGAAACGGAUGCUCGAUCUCCGCCAGAUACAAGAAGCACUAGCUAAAGACGACGUGAGGCCACCAUUUUUCAAGUAUGAGGAGCUCAAAGCGGCUACAGGAGAUUUUUCAAAACGCAAUGAGCUGGGCAAAGGUGCAUUCGGUGCUGUGUACAAGGCUAAGCUAGCGGACGGGAGCAUCGUUGCUGUGAAGAGACUUUUUGCAACCGAGCAGAACGUGGCCGAUUUUCUCAAGGAAAUGGUUCUCAUCACAGGAAUCAAACACCGACAUCUCGUUCAGCUCAAAGGAUGUUGUGUGAGAGACAAGCAGCGGAUGUUGGUAUACGAGUACGCAGAAAACAAUAACCUGGCCGAGGCCUUGUGGGGCAAGGACAAAGCCUUCGUCCUGACUUGGACGCAGCGGUUGAACAUCGCCGUGGGCAUUGCUCGUGGUCUUUCUUAUCUACACGAAGAACUGCAGCCGAAGAUCAUACACAGAGACAUCAAACCGCAGAACAUUCUUCUCGACAAGGACUGGAAUGCGAAGAUUGCCGAUUUCGGACUCGCUCGGCCUGUGAACGAAGACGCCACGCAGAUGGCCACUCACAUCGGAGGCACGCUGGGUUACUUCUCCCCGGAGUACGCGACUCUCGGCAUGUUCACCGAAAAGCUCGACGUGUACAGCUAUGGCGUUUUGCUUCUCGAGAUCGUGUCCGGAAGGAGAUGCAUCAAUUUCUCUCUGCCUGAGCACGACGUCUCUCUACGAACCGUGGCUUUAAGGUUGUACAUGGAGGACAAGCUUCUGAAUGUGGCGGAGAGCGGAUUGCUCGCACAGAGUCCUGGAGACGAAAUCACUUCCGUGCUGAAGACGGCAUUGGCUUGCGUUCAGGAGGAUCCGAACAAGCGGCCCAGCAUGUCACAAGUCGUGAACAUGCUGACGGGCAACUCGGGGGUGGCGUUCGACAUCGUCAAGGAGCUGAAGGAACAGCGCAUGUGGCUGCAGGAUGUCGAUGAUGAGUCCACGCUCAGCAGCCUCAGCGAUCUGCGAGAAAGGGAAGAUCGUUCUCUGCUUUACUCCUCGUCGUCGUCCGGCGGUGCAUUACGGACUACCCAGCUCAGCGACAUGAAACCUCGGUGACCACCGAGAGCCAUGAAUUAGAUCACUCAGUGGGACGAAGUUUUGCACCUUGGGUUUUGUUUUGCUUUGAUACUUCUUUUCAUCUGAGGGGUGCUCGAGCCGCCCUCGGCUGUCGUCAGUAGGACCUGUACAUUCUUUCUGCGCGAAUCAGCUUGCGAGCUAUUUAUUCAUCGGACGACUCAGAGAAAUUCGGGAUCUGGACGAUAAUAGUGGAAAAAGCUACCGGAUGACUCUGCUAGACGACUUCGAUCACUCUGUUCUCACCCUCCCACGUACUUUCGCAAUCACCCGAAUCUAGAACGGAUGCAUGCCAUCGAAGUGUACUUUACAAAUACUGUACUUUUAAUCAAAUUCCAAAGUACUUCAAUUUCAGUCUCGA